GAAAGUUCUCAUUCCAAGCAAUAAGCAACAAGAUGGCUGACGCGGCUGUGAAAGAAGUGCCUCCUUCCACAGAAGACAAGGACGUUGUGUCCGAACCCAAGGUCGAUGGCUCGGCCGAGUCCAAGACGCAAGAUAACGACGACACCACGGAAGCCAAGAACGCGGAGAAGGUGGCCGAUCAAUCCGCCGCCAAGUUGGACGUGCAGUCGCUUCCAAUCCGCGCUUACUUGGACCAAACGGUGGUGCCCAUCUUGCUGCAGGGCAUGUCGUCCUUGGUCAAGGAGCGCCCCCCCAACCCCAUUGAAUGGCUUGCGGCCUACUUAAUUAAAAAUAACCCCCAGGGCCCGAGCACCAACUCCAAAUAAUCCCGCGAAAAUGCUUUCUUUUUUUUCAGUUUUUUUUUGCGUUG